CGUGCACGUUCAAUCGCGUCGAUGUUGUGCGCGCGGCCGGAUGACAUGCAGCCGGCGACGCAACGUUCAUCGGGCGUGUUGAAACUGGGCCGGUACAUUGUGCGGUGUCUGACGGCCCAGCCGGACAUCUGGCUGCUGUUCUUGUACAAGUGCGGACAGCUGGUGGCGGUCAACCUGCACGAACCGGUGGCGCGGAGCGUGGGCAUCUUGGACGAACUGUUCCAGGCGCAGCAGGGAUCCCCGCCGUCGCCGGAACCGGACCACCAGCGGGAACGGCGCGAACCGCGGGACCGAGAACGUGCGGCCCGACCGAUCGCCAUAGGAUCUCUGCCGUCGUCGCCGCGGUCGCCGACCGACGGCCGACUGUCGCACCGGGCGCCGUGCGUUGCGUCGUCGUCUUGGUCGCCUCCGUCGUCGCCGUCUUCACCAUCGUCGGCCGACGCGGUGUCGCACGCGUUGGCUCCGUCCCCGUCGGUGUCGUCGUUGUCGCCGGACAAUGACCAGUACCGCGGCAUGGACGAGGACGACACGGACGACGGGUACACCGACUCGGAUGACGAACCGUUCGCCUACAUGACCAGCCGCCGGUUCUCGCGCACCCCGUCCACCGGCGAUUCGCGGAGCCGUCGAAGCAGUUCCGGCUGCGGUAGCAGUUACAACAGCGGCGGAAGCUGUUACAACAGCGCCGCCAACAGCCCCUGGAGCAGCGUGGCCAGCCGCCGCCGCAACAGCUGCACCCACAUCGCCGAAGUGGUCGACGUCACCGAAGACGCCGGCAGUUGCAGAGAUACGCUGAGCGUCAACUCGUAUGGAAUGCCUCAGUCUGGUUCCACUGUGUCCCAGAGAGAGAGUUCCAGCUUCUUGCCUGUCACUCAGCCGGCCAGUGCGCCGGCAUCACCAGUAGGUUCUCCAGUCUCACAGCUGUUAUCAGAUUUCUCCAACAUCACUCUAGAUCCCAACUGGCAGGCCAUCAAGUCUACUGUACGCGAACGUAAUGCUGCCAUGUUUAAUAACGACCUCAUGGCGGAUAUAUACUUUGUCGUGGGCAAUCCAGGACACACCCAACGUAUACCAUCACAUAAGUACAUUUUAGCGACUGGAAGUUCUGUUUUUUAUGCCAUGUUCUAUGGAGGCUUAGCAGACACUAAAGAAGAAAUUGAGGUGCCUGAUGUUGAGCCAACAGCUUUUCUCACAUUACUAAGAUAUUUAUAUUGUGAUGAAAUCCAGUUGGAACCUGACACAGUGCUAGCUACAUUGUAUGUGGCUAAAAAAUAUAUCGUACCACAUUUAGCCAGGGCUUGCGUAAAUUACUUGGAGACAAGUCUAACCGCAAAAAAUGCUUGUCUGCUCCUCAGUCAAUCGCGGUUAUUCGAGGAGCCAGAGUUGAUGCAGAGAUGUUGGGAAGUGAUUGAUGCACAAGCAGAGAUUGCAUUACAUUCAGAUGGCUUUGUUGACAUUGAUGCUGAUACGUUACAGAGUGUAUUAGGACGUGAAACCAUUAAUUGCAAAGAAACCAUCCUAUGGGAAGCAGCCAUGAAUUGGGCCACUGCUGAAUGUAGCAGACGUGAAAUAGAACCAACCCCAUCUAAUAAACGACAAGUAUUAGAUUCUGCUCUGUAUUUACUCAGAUUGCCAGCAAUGUCCCUAGAAGAAUUUGCUAACGGACCUGCUCAAAUGGGCAUGUUAACAUUAGAAGAAACCGUUGAUUUGUUUCUCCACUACACUGCGUCCAACAAACCUCGCUUAACUUAUCCAACUAAACCACGAAUAGGACUAAAACCUCAGACGUGCCAUCGAUUCCAGUCCUGUGCUUAUCGCAGCAAUCAGUGGCGGUAUCGAGGUCGUUGCGAUAGCAUUCAGUUUAGUGUUGAUCGCCGUGUAUUCAUAGUCGGUUUCGGUUUGUACGGUUCGUCAACUGGGGCAUCUGAUUACACUGUUAAAAUCGAACUCAAACGUUUAGGCCGUAUUUUAGCUGAAAACAACACAAAAUUCUUUUCAGAUGGUUCUAGUAACACUUUUCAUGUUUAUUUUGCACAUCCUGUACAAGUAGAUCCCGAAUUGUUUUAUACUGCUUCAGCUAUAUUAGAUGGUGCAGAAUUAAGUUAUUUUGGCCAAGAAGGACUUAGUGAAAUAAAUGCUGGUUGUGUGACGUUUCAAUUCCAAUGCUCUUCGGAAAGUACUAAUGGUACUGGAGUUCAAGGAGGGCAGAUUCCAGAACUAAUAUUUUAUGGUCCAGUUAGUGAGAACCAUUAAUACAUUUUUAAAUUAUUUCCAAUCCGAAUUUAAUACUCAAGUAUAUAAAACUACUAAACUCAAUUGAAAAUAUUUCGUGGAAAAAAUGUUGCUCCUGUUCGAUAUUUUGGAUCUCUAUUUUACCCAAUCACUAAACCACAUCUCAUAUUAUAAUAACUCAACUAAAUCGUUAGGGUAUAAUUUAACAUUCUCGACAGUUAAAUUUUGCCUAUUUUUAGAUGUAUUAUAUAAAAUUAAUAUGUACGUUAUGCAUUUUUUUCUUUGUUGGUAAUUAUGAGUAGUAUUUCGUUGAAAUAUCCAAACUAAAAUAUAUUUUUUCAUUGUUGUUUUACAUGUUAAUAAUUAUAUAAUAAAAUCUCUCACCAAACUCGGCUCACAUUGUAUUCUAUGCAUAAUGUAUGUAGUAGUAACUAGUCCAGGGCUCGGAACUUAUGCAAUCCUUAUUUGUAUGAUAUUAGUAUAUUUAAAAUCUAGUUCGAUACAAAUGUGUUUGUAUUGAUAGUCCAGGCCCUAUCAAUUAUAUUUCAUUAUAACUGCUUAACGAUACCAUCACAGUUAUUAUAUUAUUAAAAAUAUUUAAAAUGUAAUGUUUCGUUAAUACUACUGCUAGCCGUUUUUUUUCUUCAUUACAAUAUGUUUCUAUAUUAUUAGAAAAGUGUAAUCUAUUGACUAUAGAAACAUUUCAAAAUGUCUGUUUCCUAUUUGAGUUAUUAUUUAUAUACUAUUUAAAUUAAAACUUUACCUAGGAUUUUUAUAAUAAUUUUUUAUCUAUUUAUUUUGUUCUGAGAUAUUUUGAUUUGGAUAUUUUGACCUAUACUCUGUUCUAAAAGAGAAUAUAAGUUGAAUAAUGAUGUUGGCCACCUGAUUUGCGUGUCGGUGUAUAAAAUCUCCCACUAACAACCUGUUUUAAUGGGUGAGCUGCCGAUUUCGACGAUCUAAAAAUCUCUUGCAUGAUCUUUGAAAAACAUGACUAGAGCAGAGUAUGAGAAAUUUGGUCUUGGCAAUGCACUAGCAUCAACUGUAUGAGAAAAAGUGAUUAUUCUCUUUUGAAAAAGAGUAUUGAACUAUGAACUGAUAUUAUUUGUUAAAUAUACAUAUUUUAUGACGGAACAGAUAUGCUUGACUUAUUAGACAUUACUAUUUUUAUUUUAUAACAUUGUUAAGACUAUUGUUUAAAAUAGGGCAUAUCUUCUAAAUGACCAACUGUAUUAAUUUACAAGUUUUAAAUUCCUUGAUAUACUGCUUUAUUUUCUCUUUUCUGUUUUGUGUUGAUAAAAAUGUUAUGUUUAACAUAUUAUGAAUUAAGAUCAAACCGUUACUAUUUCAUUAAAUUUACUAACAAAACUGUGUCGCCUUAUUGUGUAUUAUUUUAAAUAAAAUGUUAAUAAGCUCAAGGUGCUUCUACAUA